AUGAAUAAAAUACCAUUUUUAAAAAAGAAAAAAGUCGAAGAAAAAAGUCGAAAAUUUAAAGCGAAUGAUUCCGAAGCAAAUGCUGCUAAAGAAUAUGCUGGUAAUCAAAUAUCAACGUCGAAAUAUAAUUUAAUCACAUUUUUACCAAAAAAUCUAUUCGAACAAUUUCGUCGAUUAGCCAAUGCAUAUUUUUUAUUUCUUCUUUGUUUACAGCUUAUUCCACAAAUUAGUUCAUUAGCUCCUGUUACAACUAUUUUACCACUUGUUUUUGUCUUAGCAUUAACUGCGAUCAAAGAUGCUAGUGAUGAUAUUGCAAGGCAUCGAAGUGAUAAUCAGGUAAAUAAUCGUGAAACCAAAACAGUAGUUGGAAAUGAUUUAACAACAAGAAAAUGGAGAGAUAUUAAAGUUGGUGAUAUGGUACGAUUAGAGAAUAAUGAAUUUGUUACUGCUGAUAUUGUACUCGUAUCGACAAGUGAACCAAAUGGCCUUUGUUUUAUUGAAACUGCUGAAUUAGAUGGUGAAACAAAUCUUAAAGUACGGCAAGCGCUAGAAGAAACAUGUCAUCUUGAAGAUAAAAUUAAUGAAUUAUCAAGUUUUGAUGCCGAAAUUGAAUAUGAAGCACCAAAUAAUAAUCUUGGACGAUUUGAAGGAAAUUUAACAUGGAAAGGAAAAACUUUGCCAUUAAAAAAUGAUAAUAUGCUUUUACGUGGAACAAGAUUGAGAAAUACACAUUAUGCUUAUGGACUUGUAUGUUAUGCUGGUCCUGAUACGAAACUAAUGAAAAAUAGUGGAAAAGCAACAUUUAAAAGAACAAAAAUCGAUCAUUUACUUAAUCGAAUUAUUCUUGGUAUUUUUCUCUUCUUAUUGAUCAUGUGUGCUAUAAUGACAAUUUGUUGUGGAUUUUGGGAAUCUUUUGUUGGCUUUGAUUAUCGUAUUUAUCUACCAUGGGAAACUUAUAUAUCAACUGAUCAACGUAUUGGUGCACUUGAAAAAAGUUUAUUAGUCUUUUUAUCAUAUAUUAUUAUAUUAAAUACUGUUGUGCCGAUAUCACUUUAUGUUAGUGUUGAAUUUAUACGUUUAUUACAAUCGAAAUGGAUCGAUUGGGAUAGUAAAAUGUAUUAUGAACCAAAUAAUGUACCAGCGCAAGCUCGUACAACAACAUUAAAUGAAGAAUUAGGACAAAUUGAAUA